CCACGACUUCAGUGAUGUCAUUUAAUGUUGCAGUGCGCAUCACUGCGCAUCAAGAGUGCCUGUAUGGAGAACUACCUCCUUCCAAAUUAGCCUUCAUCAUAGUCAAUCAGUCUUGACUGCCGUGUUGAGGCCAAGAUAGGUCGGCGAGUAUAUAAACUCAACUAUGUGGUGAACGAACUUUAUAUUGCCACCGUCACCCCAUCUUCCUUUCAUCAAGGCUUAAGUACUAUCUCAUAUCUUUCAUAACACUAGCUUGCAUUCGAAAACUUCAAUCAGCUUCAUAUAAGCCGCCGUGAAAAUGAAGAUCACUCUCGCUAUCAUCACCUUCGUCGCUGCUGCCUCUGCUCAGACUUGGGCAGACAUCCCGGCUUGUGCUCAACCUUGCAUUCUCGACGCCGCUGCUAGUACCACCGACUGCGCUGAUACCGACUAUGCGUGCAUCUGUGCCGCUCAAGAUACAGUUGAGCCUGCCGCUGAGGAAUGUGUCGUCGCUGCUUGCGGCGAGGAGGCGGCUGAGAAUGAAGUCCUCCCAGCCGUGGCCGCUCUUUGCAGUUCUGUUUAGGGUCGGUCAAUCUGUGAGUGAAGCUCGCGCGACCGGUUGUAAAUGAAUCUCAGGGACUCUUAUCUCAUUCAUUGCUAUGUCUUGUAAAGAUACGGUCGCGAGCAUGAUAAUA